AUGCAGUGCUAUUGGAAAUUGAAUUCAAAGGUUAUAGUUGUCUUUUGUUUGUUCUGGUGUGGAGAUAUAUAUGUAGCAGCAUUAUCAUCAGACACUAAAGAUAUAGGUAGUGAAGAUCCAUUAACUAUACCUUUGAUAAGCGACAAAGUAGUUCCAUUGGUUGCCAUGCUAGAUACCAAAACUAUAAACCGGAAAAUUAAAGUUUACAUCAGAACACUCAUGAGGAGUAUGGUUCGACCUUCUGUGCAAGAAGAAUUGCAAGAUGUUCUUAAGACAUCAUUGAGAGAGGACUCGACAAAAGACUUGAUCAGAAAUAUUACACUGCAGGAAAUGAAGGACAUUCUGGAGCAGCAAGGACGCGAUGAACUGUUCCAUCCUGUCAAUAAUGAAGAAAAAAGAAAACAGCAAUAUCCUAAAGACUGCACUACGAUACAUAACCAUAACCCUGAAACGACUUCUGGUGUACACACAAUAUAUCCCGUAGACGAAAAGGCAGAGAGAGUUUAUUGUGAUAUGAAAACAGACGGAGGAGGAUGGACAGUUAUUCAGAGAAGAAUAGAUGGAUGGUCUCAAUUCCAGAGACCAUGGAUAGAUUAUGAAAAUGGAUUUGGAACGGUUGAUGAGGAAUACUGGUUUGGAAACAAAAACAUUCACAGCCUGACAUCCAGUGGUAACUAUGAACUUAGAAUAGACCUGAAGGACCUGUCUAAUACAAAGAAGUAUGCUGUGUAUAACACCUUUGUUGUUGGAGACGCGGCGUCUAAGUACAAACUGACUGUUGGGAAUUAUAGUGGAAAUGCAGGUGAUAGUAUGGCGAUCCAUAAUGGAAUGAAGUUUUCUACGAUAGACCAGGAUAAUGAUCUAGAUAGUGGAGCUGAUUGUGCGAGACCGUAUGGAGCAUGGUGGCAUAACCAUUGUGGUGCCAGUUGUCUUAACAGGAGAUUCCUUAGCAAACUGUGUUGGAAUACUCUCAAAACAUACUCGGCAAAAACGUCAGUUGUGAUGUUGCGAAAAUUAAAAUAA